UAAAACAUUUCAGGAUGGGUCAGUACCUUUUGAAUCUGACGAGAAGUCCAAAAAAUUGAAAAUGAUUGCUUGUGAAAUAUGUGGUCUUAGCUUUCGUCGAAGAUAUCUUCUUUUACAACAUAAGAUACGAGCCCAUCAAGAAAUUAAGAUGUUCGAAUGCAGCUUCGAGGGCUGUAAUGCAAAAUUCACUUUGGAGGAAUAUCUAAGAAAGCAUAUAAAGAGAGUUCACACCGAUCAAUUGCCCUUUAAAUGUAACGUUUGCCGAAAACGUUUCUCAGAUAAAGCCGCUUAUACCCAGCAUUUUAGACUACACACCAAUGACAGGAAAUAUAAAUGUAAUUUGUGCUCACAACAAUUCUUCAGAAACUCUAAUCUUGUGGCUCAUAAAAGAAUCCAUACUGGGGAACGUCCUUUUCCUUGUGAAGUUUGUGGAAAAGAAUUUCGUCAGAAGGGAGUUCGAGACAGACAUCUCAAGACCCAGCAUUUCUUUUAGUGCUCAUUUCAUUGUUCAAAAUUCGUUUAUUGUUGUUAAACAAUUUCAAAUAAUUUAAUUUCUGUUGUUAUAUUUUCAGUUGUAUGAAUUUCUUUUAAAUAAAUUGUUGCAAUUCAA